AUGGAAGGGUCAUUGCACGGCUACCCGAGUGGCGUCCCGAGUGUUCAUCUCUGCCCCCAACAAACUGAGGGCUCAAACAUGAGCGUUGAGCUCAGAAACGGCGACCGUCUCCUCAUUCGAGGAUCUAAACACAGCAAGGGCAACGGCCAUUCCGAUAAUGGCUGCUGA